AUAUAUUAUCAACAACCCUACUGAAUACAUUUUUUUUCCGCAAAGUUUGUCAUUGUCCAGGUAGUCCAGGUAAUGCUUUGUCGAAAAAAUAACGAGCAGUAAAGAACCGCCGUGGUUCCAGUGCCUAACGCGACGCCGAAUGCUGCAGGAAUUGCUACGAAUUAAGGCGAAAGUUGCAUAACACGUCGCCUGGUGUCGCGGUCGCAAUUUCCAGAAAACCACGCACGCACACAAACACACGCGCACGCGAGCGGAUAGUGAAGUGUGAAAAGCGUGGAUACUCGCAACAACCAUCAAAAUAGAAGCCCUGCAGCCCAGCAUUUAGCUACAGGACAACGAAUGUGCAUUCCGUGUGCGGCGUAGCCAAUGUGCUGUGAUCCCCCUGAAUCCCGUCCGCACCCCGCAUCCAAAUCCGCAUCCCACACGCACAUAAACACACACACACACACACAGUUUCAACAAAUACAAACACACCGCCGUCGCCGUCGCUGUCGCCGCUCACCAAUACAACCAUACAACAGCACGGCCCACAAAGAGCUCUCCGCUCCGUACGCUUCCUCUUUGUACAGUUCCUACGCCGAGCAGUGAAGCAGCUGAAUCAGCAGCCAUCCGCGGAUUUUGAGGCGCAGUAAACAAGAGGCUUGCAUGUGAACCGAAAAUCAGGAAAACAUAACCACCCACAACCACCCAGCAGCCCGGAGAGCAUCACGAGAGCGUCAUGGCCACGCCAAUGUCCGUAGCCUCGGCUUCCGGGAUGGGGGCGGGCGGCAGUGGCAGCAGCAGCUCCUCGGGUGCGGGCACAUCGUCUGGUGGUGCCGCCGCCUCGUCUGGUAGCAGCAGCAGCAACAACAACCUGCCGUUCGAAAAGGAUAAGAUCUGGUACUUCAGCAACGAUCAGUUGGCCAACUCGCCGAGCCGAAGAUGCGGAAUCAAGAGCGACGAUGAGCUGCAAUACCGCCAGAUGACCGCCUACCUAAUCCAGGAGAUGGGACAACGCCUGCAAGUGUCACAGCUGUGCAUCAACACGGCGAUCGUGUAUAUGCACCGGUUCUACGCAUUUCAUUCGUUCACCCAAUUCCAUCGGAACUCAAUGGCGUCCGCCAGCCUGUUUCUGGCCGCCAAGGUGGAGGAGCAACCCAGGAAGCUGGAGCACGUGAUUCGGGCCGCCAACAAGUGCCUGCCGCCGUCAACCGAACAGAACUAUGCCGAUCUCGCCCAGGAGCUGGUGUUCAAUGAGAAUGUACUGCUGCAGACGCUCGGGUUUGAUGUGGCCAUCGACCAUCCGCACACGCAUGUGGUGCGCACCUGCCAGCUGGUCAAAGCAUGCAAGGAUCUGGCGCAGACCUCGUACUUCUUGGCCUCGAACAGCCUGCAUCUGACCUCGAUGUGCCUCCAGUACCGACCCACGGUGGUGGCCUGCUUUUGCAUUUACUUGGCCUGCAAGUGGUCCCGGUGGGAGAUACCGCAAUCGACCGAGGGCAAGCACUGGUUCUACUAUGUGGACAAGAGCGUGUCCCUGGAUCUGCUCAAGCAGCUGACGGACGAGUUUAUUGCCAUCUACGAGAAGAGUCCCGCCCGCCUCAAGUCCAAACUGAACUCCAUCAAGGCGAUCGCCCAGGGUGCCAGCAAUCGGACUGCCGCCAACAAGGACAACAAGCCCAAGGAGGACUGGAAGAUGAGCGAGAUGAUCAAGGGAUACCACUCGAACAUCACCCCACCGCCAGAGCUACUGAAUGGCAACGAUAGCCGGGAGAGGGAGCGGGAUCGUGAUCGGGACAGGGAGCGGGAACGAGCGGAUCCUUCGCUUCUGCCGCCGCCAUCGAUGGUGCCGCAGCAAAGGCGACCGGAUGGCAGUCAUCAGCGUUCGUCCGGGGUGGGCGGAGUGCCGGGUAGCGGCUCUUCCUCGUCAUCCUCCUCGUCGUCCUCCAAUCACAAGUUGCCAAACUAUCCGGGCGGCAUGCCGUCCGAGGCGCAUCCAGAUUACAAGUCCAAGCAGCCGGGCUACAGCAAUCGCAUGCCCUCCGGCCACCAGCGGAGCAGUAGCAGUAGUAUGGGCUCGUCGGGAAGCAGUGGGAGUGGCCAGCGUAGCAGUUCAUCCUCGUCGUCGAGCAGUCAGCCAGGACGGCCGUCGAUGCCUGUGGACUACCACAAGCCAUCGCGUGGCAUGCCGCCCGUGGGCGUGGGUAUUCCUCCACCCCAUGGCAGUCAUAAAAUGCCGCCGGGCUCCAAGCCCCCGCUACCGUCGCACCAACAGCAGCCACCGCCUACACAUCCUUCCGCCUCGAGCUCGUCAGUGUCCUCCAAGGACAAGUCGCAGAGCAGUAAGAUGUACCCCAAUGCUCCGCCGCCUUACAGCAGUAGUGCUCCCCCCAAUCCGUCGAUGUCGCGCGGUGGCUAUCCGGGCUCCAGCAACGGAUCCCAGCCAGCACCGCCUGCCGGCUAUGGCGGGCACCGCAGCAAAUCCGGCUCCACCGUCCACGGCAUGCCGCCCUUUGAGCAGCAGAUGCCCUAUUCCCAGAGCCAAAGCUACGGCCACAUGCAGCCACAGCAGGCACAGCAGUCUCAGCUUCCGACGCUUGACGCGCCACCGUCACAGGCGCAGGCACAGUCGCAGUCUAAGAUGUCACUGUUUAGUCCCGAGUGGUCGGACAUCAAGAAGGAGCCGCUGGCUCAGCCGCCGCCCUUCAACGGACUGCUGCCGCCGCCGGUGCCGCAGGGCCACGACUACAAGCUGAACAAUCACCCCCGCGAUAAGGAGAGCCCCAAGAAGGAGCGUCUCACGCCCACCAAGAAGGAGAAGCACCGUCCGACUGGCAUGCCCAUGGGCAGCAGCAGUAGCAGCACCAGCAGCAGUAGUGGUAUCGGUAGCAGUAGUUCCUCCGCCUCAGGCUCGGCCAAGCCAAUGAUGCCGCCCCACAAGAAGCCCCUGCCACAUGGCGGCGAUCUGCUGGCCAACACCGGUGAGGGUGGCAGCUUGAAGCGAGCCAACGACAUCUCCGGUAGCCAGUAUGGUCUGAACAAGCUGGAUGACAUGGAUGGCAGCUUGCCGCGCGAGAAGCUACGCAAGCUGGACAACAGCACUGGCCUGCCCACAUACCCAAGCUACGAGGAGAAACACCCGCCUUUGAACAUGUCCAACGGGAUCGAGACCACUCCGGAUCUGGUGCGCAGCCUGCUAAAGGAAAGCCUCUGUCCGUCGAAUGCCUCGCUCCUGAAACCAGACCCCCUGACCAUGCCGGGUCUGAAGCCGCCGGCAGAGCUGCUGGAACCCAUGCCCAUGGCAACGGUGAAAAAGGAACCGGGCCUGAUCACUCCUCUGAGCAAUACCGUGCCCAUGGAACUGGAGAUAGGUGCCACGAAGUUGGCCAGCGACAUGAAGGACGAGACUGGCAGCACCAAGUCCGAGAAGAAGAAGAAGAAGGACAAGCACAAGCACAAGGAGAAGGAUAAGUCCAAGGACAAGACCGAGAAGGAGGAGCGCAAGAAGCACAAGAAGGAUAAGCAGAAGGACCGAAGCAGCAGCGCUGGCAGCAGUGGACCCCCCAAGGAAGGUUCCCUCGCCAACGAACCCCUGAAGCUCACCAUCAAAAAUCCUAAUCCCAACCCCAACGGCGGCCUGAAACUGAAGAUCAAGGUGGAGUCCAGUAACUAUUCGACGGCGACAGGUAUGCCGGGUGCUGCUGGCUUCGGAGCGCCCUCAGCUACGGCCACUACCGCGUCGUCAGCAGCCGGGGGAGUCCCUCCUCCGCAGGGCAUGGUUCCGGGCUACAAUGCCGGCGGUGGAGCUGGCGCUGGCGGCUAUAGCUCGUCCGGUGGCAGCAGUUCCGGCGGCAGUAGCAAGAAGAAGCACAGCGAUCGGGACCGCAGCGACAAGGAGAGCAAAAAGAGCAAAUCCCAGAGUCAGGGACAGGAUUACGCGAAAUACAACGGAGUUGGUGGAGGAGGAUUUGCUCCACUGGGCGGUGCAGGCGCCGCAGUCAGCAUGGGUGCUCCCCUGGUCACCGCAGCCCCACCGGCUCUGCUGAUGGCGCCAGCCAGCACUGCUGCGCCGACCGGGGGCCUGGCACCGCCACCGUUGCCCGUCUACAGCAAGAAGUAAUGGAAACGGUUGGACUUUUUUAUAUGAUUUGUGUAUAGAAAAUAGAUAACUAGAAGCUCUGUAAGUCGCCGGCAGGCGUUAGUUGUUAGAAUUGUUGGGGAGAUACAUUAGUCAGCUAAGUUAUUGAUUCAUUUUAGUUAAGCGCAAAGCUACAUUUAUAAGAUAAACCGAGAGAGGGCAGAAAUUGUGAAUGAUAAUCGCCGAUGUAAACGCAAAACUCAAAAAGCGAAACAAUUUGUACAGCAUUAAUUAAUUUAUAAUUAAAAAGAAAAACACCUAACAUUUAACAUACAUAACGAGCAUAAAUACGUACAUAACAAGCAUACAUCAAUACGAAAUAUUUGGCAAACAGAAUCAGAGAUCCUGGGAAGAAACCAGAUACCAGAUACCAUAUACCAUAUAGCAGAAUAGCAGCUAUGGCCGUGUAGCAUUUAAGUUAGCAAAUCAACUACCCAUAUACACUACACCUACACACCAACAGAGCUGUAUAUAUAUACACGAAACCCACAUUCACACACAAUGAGAUAUAUGCAUAUAUAUAGAGAACCGACUUCCGCUUAGCAAAUCCACUAUGAAACGGCCCCCAACUAUGAAAGCCAGUCAAGCAGCCGAAGGACUCGGGAUAAUCCACAGACUAAGCUGAAGAAGAGAACAAAAAUAAUGAAGAAGGAUAUAUAGAAGAGAAGAAAGGAUAAUUACAGAAGUGCAAGAAGAGAAAAGCCAGCGCUUUGAUUCUAAAUUAAAGACGCCAAACUAAAUAAUAAAUUAUUUAAAUUAAAUCAUAGUUGCUAAAGCGAAAGUAAAUGAAGAAGAAGUUUAUUUUUAGUUAGCAAAGUUUUCUUUCCUCUUUCUUUUAAAUGUUUGCCCCUCCCCGUUUACAGACAUCGACACGCCACCAAUUUUCCAAUUUUUUCAAAUUUAGACCGAUAUACACAUAUAUAUAAAUAUAUAUAAAUUAUAUACAGUAAUGUAUUUUUUUCGCUUAUGAUAAUCUUACGGAUCUAAUUGUUUCAGCGGAGGAUAUUAUGUUUAAAGUUCGCCUGGAACGUUGACGUAGCUUUCAUUUGUUUUUAAUUUAUUUUUAAAAUAGAAUUACGAUACAAUUUACCACAAAACCAAUACAAAAACAAAAAAAUCAAACAAAAAUUCCCCACAAA